AAAGAAAAAAAUAACGCAAGCGGAAAACGGGUUUAUCAGGCAACCAAAAACACAUUGUGGUCUACUAAAAAGAGAUUUAAGCGCGCGCCGCGACAACCUUGAACAACAUCCCAAUCGUGUUGUUGAUGUUACAAAUAAUAAGCGGGCAGUAAAGAAGGCAUUGAUAAGCACGCAGACCGCGGGAGAGCAUUUCGAGUCGUGUGUGUUUGUUUUGUUAUUGCGUUUUAGUCGUCGCCAGGCAGUGCUACAACACGGAAGUGACUUUUUCUCCCUCCUCGCAAAAACCAUACGCAUAGAAAAGAAAUUAAGGAAAAAAUUAUUAUAUUUUCUGACAGAAAGUCUAUAUGCGCAUGUUUCCAGAUCCUUACAAAAACAAGCACUAUUAAUACACAGCAAGGCAACUUCAAUUUUAAGUCAAGUAGACGCACAAAAAGUGCUACAAACAAAAGCUAAAAGUUAUUUAGGUAAUCACGUAAUCAGUCAGACGUCAAACAACAACAAGUGCGGCGCGACAAAAUCAUCCCACGCAUUGAAUUGAGCAAUCAGUAAAUAUGGUCUCAUAUUUUGUGCCGCGCGGGCGCUAUUUACUCAAGGCUGGCAAUGUGAGGAAAGCGCUCCAACAGGAACAGCCCAAGAAUGCAGUUCAACAGCAGCAGCAGCAGCAUGGCAAUUGGUCAAUGCUACGACACUUCCGACAGUCCUCGCAGGUGGCCAAGGCAAAGCCACAACAACAACAACAGCAACCACAACGUGUUCGACCAGCAACAACAACACAGCUGCAAGUCAGGCGCAACAUGUUUGCACGCUGGACCGGCUUCUUGUUGCGUUGGGCACCCAUGGGACUUUGCGUGUUCGGCGCCAUCGAAUGGCAAUUUCACAAAUAUUCCACCGUCAAUGAUGCCAACACUCCGCACACAGCUUCGCAGUUCCAAUCGAUGGUCUACUGUUCGCUGCCGUUGCGCAUAAUCAGUCGCUGCUGGGGAUGGUUGGCCUCCUGCUACAUGCCGAGUGUGAUGCGUCCCUAUGUUUAUGGCUGGUACUCGCAAAUGUUCAAUGUGAAUAUCAGUGAGGCACAGUAUCCAGACUAUAGUCACUACAACAGCAUGGCCGAGUUCUUCACGCGCCCACUGAGGGAAGGUGCUCGUCUCAUUGAUGCCAAGGCGCCACUUGUGUCCCCUGCCGAUGGCAAAGUGUUGCACUUUGGCAGCGCGUCCGAUUCGCGGAUUGAGCAGGUGAAAGGCGUCAACUAUAGCAUCGAGGAUUUCCUGGGACCGCUGCAGACGGUCGAGCAAUCCAAGGAGGCAGCCGCUAGCUAUGCCAACGCAUUGAAACAGCAGCGCGAUGGCAGCACAGAGCUCUAUCAAUGCGUCAUCUACUUGGCACCCGGAGAUUAUCACCGCUUUCAUUCAGCCGCCGCCUGGGAGCCGACGGUGCGACGUCACUUCUCCGGCGAACUCUUAUCAGUAAGCCCCAAAGUGGCGGGCUGGCUGCCUGGUUUGUUCUGUCUCAAUGAGCGCGUAGUCUACAUGGGUAAAUGGCAGCAUGGUUUCUUCAGCUACACCGCUGUGGGAGCCACCAAUGUGGGCAGCGUGGAGAUCUAUAUGGAUGCGGACUUGAAGACAAAUCGCUGGACAGGCUUCAAUGUGGGCGCCCAUCCACCCAGCACCUACGAAUACGAAGAGAAGGAACUGAAGGAUGUGGCACAAAAGUUCAACAAGGGAGAUCUGGUGGGACAGUUCAACAUGGGCAGCACCAUUGUGUUGUUGUUCGAGGCACCAAAGAACUUCCAGUUCAAUAUUGAGGCAGGUCAGAAGAUCAGCGUCGGUCAGUCCUUGGGACAUCUGGUCUGAAGGACACAACAACAGAUUGGACAAUUCCUGAUAUAUCCUAGACAGGAGGCAAACAAAUUGUGAUGAGCGUUCCACACUGGUCGACGGCACUGUUUUCUAGCUAUUGUAUUUUGUAUUUAGUUGCCAUUGGCAUGCAGAUUAUGCUUGGCGUACCUUCGAAGCUAGUUGUAUUUUUGCGAUUUCAAUAUUCCUAAGAACCAUACAAAUGUAGAUUUAUACAUGUUACUGAUAAAUAAAUAUAGUUUGCAUAUAAAACAUA